AUGAUUUCCUCAAGUACAUGGGUACCCAGAGGAUAUGCCUCCGAGUUCCCCGAGAAGUAUGAGCUUAACGAUGAAGAGAUGGAAAGAAUAGAGGAAAUGGCUCGUCUUCAAUUGCAAGAUGGUGGUGAAGAAGUUGAAGAUGAAGAUGAGGAAGAUGAGAAUGAACAUGUAAAAGCAUCUGCAGUAGGCAAAGAUGAAAUCGAAGUGGAUGAUGACUUAAAGGAAUACGAUUUAGAAAACUAUGAUGCUGAAGAAAAGGAUAGUGAAGGUGAAGAUGUGACGAUGUUCCCCGGUUUAUCUAAUUCUGAAGCCAAAUUUCACCAAGAUAAUGACAGUGAUCCAUAUUUAACUUUACCUACUGAGUCCGAUGCUCAAGAGGAAAAGAAAGAGUUACAGAUCUAUCCAUCAGAUAAUUUAGUCUUAGCCACAAGAACCGAAGAUGAUAUUUCCUUUUUGGAUGUUUAUGUUUACGAUGAUGGUGCUGGGGCUCCACAGGGAGCCGAAGAGGAAGAAGAAGACAAGCUUGAUGAUGAUGUUGCCAAGGGAUUUGUAAGAGAAGCAAACUUAUAUGUGCAUCACGAUAUCAUGUUACCUGCAUUUCCCUUAUGUGUGGAAUGGAUUAAUUUCAAGCCUGGCUCUGAAGAAGAAACUGAUAACAUUGGUAACUUUGCUGCUGUAGGUACUUUUGAUCCUCAGAUUGAAAUCUGGGAUUUAGAUUGCAUGGAUAAGGCAUUCCCCGAUUUAAUUUUAGGAGAGCCAGAUCUGAACUCAUUCACAGCUUUGAAAAAGAACAAUAGUAAGAAGAAGAAGAAGUCUAAGGCUAAACAUGUCACCACUCAUCAUACAGAUGCUAUUCUUUCCUUAGCCCAUAACAAGUCUCAUAGAAACGUUUUAGCUUCAACGUCUGCUGAUCAUACUGUUAAGUUAUGGGACUUGAACAAUGGUACGGCUGUACGGUCGUUUUCCAACAUUCACAAUGGUAAAACUGUUUCAUCUUCACAAUGGCAUCCUCAAGAAUCUCAGAUCUUAUUAACUGGUGGUUACGAUUCGUUUGUGGCCAUAACCGAUGUUAGAAUCUCUGACGAGGCACAAAUGACUAAAAGAUACAAGUGUUCUAGUAAUGAAGAAAUUGAAAAUGUUAAAUGGGGGCACAAAUCCGUACCUGAAUUAUUCUACGCCGGUACUGACACUGGUAACAUAUAUUGUUUUGAUGCUAGAGUGGACAACAAGCCUUUAUGGACUUUACAUGCACAUGAUGCUGGUAUCUCUUCAUUGGAAGUUAACCAAGAGAUUCCUGGUUUACUUUCAAGUUCUGCAAUGGGUGAAAAGGUAGUUAAACUUUGGAAAUGUCCUACUGAUAAUAGGACUGGACCUUCCAUGGUGUUGUCACGUGACUUCGGUGUGGGUAAUGUGUUGACAACUUCAUUUGCCAAUGAUAUCGAAGUUGGAGGCCACUUAACUGUGGGGGGUGUUACUGGACCUUUGAAGAUGUGGGAUGUGUUUUCAAACAGAUCUGUACGGAACUCAUUCAAAGAUGAAUUGGCUGAAAUGCAGCAUAGAGCAAAAGCUGAAGCCAAGAGUCAGGGUAAGGCUUCUAGAAUUGCCAGAAAAUAUAGAUCAGAUCAUCAGGAUACAGUCUUCAGUGUUGAGUCCAGUGGUGCACCAGAUGCCGACGACUCCGACGCAGAUGACACAGAGGAAUAA